AUGCCAUCGUCGCCAAAAGACACUUCGGUAAUCUACCUACCGCUCUUUGCGGUUGCGUAUCUGCGUCCCGAACAACGUCAGGACCGGAAUUGGACAUACCGACAAGCCUUGAUGAAUACUGUUCUGAAAGUGUCCCUGCAAUUGUUCUCGGCGUUUCACAUGAGACCAUCUCUUAGUCUAAAGCCGCAUCAUGAAGGUAACCGAUUUGUUCUGAUCGAACCUGCAAAUCUCGAACUAUACACUGGUGUCGCACUAGACCCAAAGAUCGAACCAGAGAUAUUAGGAGGUACCUGGUAUCCGAAGCGCUUUUCACCAGACUCUGUCAUUCCUGAAGGGCAGUAUGUCGUACUCCACAUACAUGGUGGAGCGUACAUACUGGGCAGAGGCCGAACAGCGUCCUGUGGGUUUUUGGCCAAGAAUUUUCUAUCUCACACACCAUCGGCUUAUGUGUUCUCUCUUCAAUAUCGAUUAGCUGGCGACCCGAAAGGCCGAUUUCCAGCACAACUCCAAGAUGUCAUUUCCGCCUAUUCUUACCUGAUUCACACACUGCGCAUUCCAGCAUCGCGCAUUGUGCUUAGCGGCGACAGUUGUGGAGGAGACCUGGUCUUGGCACUGCUCCGGUAUAUUGUACAAUAUAAUAGUUCGUCUCUUCUUCCAGCACCAAAAUGCGGCUGGAUCUUCUCGCCUUGGUGUAACGUCCCAAAUGGGUUUAACACAGAAGCCUGGAUCAACAGCCCAAGAUACAGAACUGAGUGUAUUCCCGCAUCAUUCCCUGCCUGGGGUGCGAAACACUUCCUUAGUGAUUUGGAGAUUACUGAGUCCGUCGAACAAUACGUGGCCCCUAUACUGCAUCCCUUUUGUUUACCUUCCCCCGUGUUGAUCGUCUCUGGGGGUCGAGAGGUGCUAUGUCAAGAACACCAAGAACUCGCAAAUGCGUUCCGGAAGUUGCCGCAGAACACGUCUUCCGUUGAGUUCUUUGUGGAGGAGAACGUGCCUCAUGAUGUUUUGAUGAUUGGCUGGCUUAUGGGCUUUCGAAAUGAGGCACGUCGGUGUUCCGAGAGAGCUGGAGAAUUCGUGAGAGGAUUAUCGAAGGAAGCUUAG